AUGCUUAGCACCAUGUUGCUGGAGGGGAGUGUACGGGUGAGCUUCGUGGUCGCGGUUCUCAUGCAAGGUAUCGCGGCCUCCUCCGGAUGCUGUCGGAAUACCAUUUCCCGCGACGUUGUUGUAGUGGGCGGCGGCGCGUCUGGUGCUCACGCUGCCGUAUGGUUGCGGGACCAUGGCAGGUCUGUGGUCGUGGUAGAAAAGGCGGCCCAGCUCGGUGGUCACACGGCUUUCUACGACGAUCCGGCGACAGGAAAGGUAAUCAACAUUGGGGUUCAAGCAUGGAUGGAGUACAAGAAUGCCUUCGAAUUUGUGGAACGCAUGAAUGUGUCGACGAGCGGGUCGAUGCAGUUCACCACGCUUGACCAAAAGUAUGUGGAUUUCAAGACGGGAAUACCCGUCCCCGACUAUACUGCACCAGCCUCCGACGACAUGUAUGCCGCUCUCCAGCGGUACCUCGAUGUCCUCGAGAAAUACGAAGAUAUGGUACUGCCAGGCUUUUCUAACUUUCCCGAACCCGGGUCUAUCCCAGAGGACCUGACUAUGCCUUUUGGGGAAUUCGUGGAGAAAUACAACCUCGAGGCCGCUGUCCCCCAGAUAUGGGACUCUACAGCAAUGGGCCUUGGAGACACCAUGAACGUGCCUACGCUGUUCAUCAUGCAGGCGUCCGGAGUUCCCAUGGUCCGAGCCUUGCUGGGCACCGCAGCCGCAGCCGUUCCGCCCUCAGGCCGCCUGUAUGACCUAUUUGAGUCUGUCGCCGAAUUCUUGGGUGACGACGUCCUGUACUCGAGCACCGUCGUCUCAGCGACUCGACAUGACAAGAAGGGCGUUUCGCUAAAGGUGCAGACUGGUGAUGGGGAGCUGGCUUGUAUUGAAGCCAAGCGCCUCCUGAUUGCCUUCGAGCCCACCCCAGAGAACUUGAAGCCAUUCCAUCCUGACCAAACCGAGAAGGAAGUCUUCGACAAGUUCGAGUUCGCCACCGUUUACGCUGGCCUCCUCCGACACCCGUCGCUGCAGAACAGCACCGGAUACUCAAACAGGUCCCCAACCACGGGAUACAGCAACUACACUGUCUUCCCUACCGCCUCCCAGGUCGGCCGCAUCGACUACAUCGGCGGUACCGAGGACCUGUUCCAGUUCACAGCUGUCGGCACUGAAGAGGACACUUCAGAGAGUAUGCAGGCCCUCAUUUCCGAGUCCAUCGAGAUCAUGAUUGAGGCGGGCACCAUUCCCGAGUCUGAAGGUUCUCUUACUUUCCCUUACUUCGCGAACCACGGCAAGAUGCAUCCACGCGUCACUGCUGAGGACCUUAAUGCCGGCUUCAUCCAGAAGCAACUUGCCCUCCAGGGCCAUCGCUCGACCUGGUACACUGGUGCCGCUUUCUCUGCGGGCUUCGCCACUGUUUUGUGGGAGUACAAUAACGUCCUGCUGCCCAGUGUGAUUGAGGGACUGUGA